GUUUGCGAUCUGACGUCAAAUGUAAACUUCAACUGAAGUCUAGUCUCGAAAACAAGUGAACCAUUGGUUUGCCAUAAGAUUUAGUGUUUAGUUUGCAUUGACUGUCAAGUAGUGAGGAGUGAAUGAAUGCAUUCAGUCAUACCAUUCAUACCAUUCAUACCACUGACACUCAAUUGAAUUGAAUUGAAGUCCGUUUGCAAACUAGUGAUACACUCCUCACAUCUGCACCAAUGGCUUUGAAAGACUCGCCGAUCGCUAAACUAUACCUCUUCUGCUAUAACCUGAUCCAGUUCUUCGGUUGGUCGUAUGGAUUAGCAGUGGUUUUGUGGCAUUUCGUACAAAAGGGUCACUUCACGGAUGUGUAUCUCUCGGUGCAGACCUCUGUGUCCAUCUUCCAGACACUGCAACUCAUAGAAGUGGUUCACUGUGUGGUCCGUCUGGUGCCGUCCAACGCCUUCCAGACCUUCAUCCAAGUGUUGUCCCGAUUAGUGGUAGUUUGGGGUAUACUUCUGCCGGUGAUUGAGACGCGCAAUGGCUUAGGAGUACCGAUGCUUCUGAUCGCGUGGUCUAUCGCAGAGAUGACUCGUUAUCUGUAUUACGCGCUCAAUAUCUACAAUAUGGUGCCAUAUGUGCUCACUUGGCUCCGGUAUACUCUCUUCAUAGUCCUCUACCCGAUCGGUGUGUCGGGCGAACUCAUAACCAUCGUGUCUGCCAUCCCCUACAUCCGUCACCGCAACCUAUGGGCCAUACAUUUGCCUAACUUUGCAAACAUUUCCUUCUAUUACCACUAUUUGCUGGUAAUUGUAAUCUUGUCGUACAUUCCCUUUUUCCCUCAAUUAUACCUCUAUAUGAUUGCUCAGAGAAAGAAGAUUUUGGGCAACACUUCCGUCACCGCUUGCCAUAAGACUAAGUGACCACUAGUGCAAUAAAUACUGUUAGUUUGCUUUCAUUUAGGACAUACUGUUGACCAGGUUUUGGGUAUUUUUAUAUUUUAUUAGUUAUACAAUACUGUAUAUUUUUCGAUUAAAUUGUUUAUUUUUUAAUAAAAAACAAUUCUGAUUUUUUGAUUUUUAA